AAAGAAGAAGCCUCUAGCUCUUGGGUAAAACUCUAUACAAGGAGAACAGAUUCCCUACUCUGGUUUCUUCUUUGUUGGAUCCUGGACCAUCGUACUAUUAGAUCAUAGGACUAUAGGACACUCGAGAAGUACCUGCCAAAGGACGAUGAAGCCCCUACUCUUCUUAAUUGUUGCUGUUCCCGCUUCGCUCCUCUGCUCCGGAAAACCGGCGUGUAAAACCCGUGUAUCCCCAAAGGCUUUCCAAGGAGUUAGAGAAGAAAUCGCUGGCUAUGCCGAUGUUGCCAAAGCCAUCAUCGACCUGGCUGUAUAUGGAAAAGCCCAAAACAGAUCUUACGAGCGCCUCGCCCUUUUGGUUGACACGGUCGGACCCCGACUGAGUGGCUCCAGAAACCUCGAGAAAGCGAUCCAGAUCAUGUACCACAACCUGGUGGAAGAUGGGCUGGAGAACGUUCACCUGGAGCCUGUCAAAGUGCCCCACUGGGAAAGGGGUGGAGAGGCAGCUGUGAUGCUGGAGCCAAGAAGCCACAACAUUGCCAUGUUAGGUUUGGGAAGCAGCAUUGGGACACCUCCGGAAGGUAUUACGGCCGAAGUCCUAGUGGUGACCUCUUUCGCCGAACUGCAGAGGAGAGCGUCCGAGGCGAUGGGGAAGAUCGUUGUGUACAACCAGCCGUACAUCAGCUACUCGGAGAGCGUGCAGUACAGAAGCCGCGGCGCCGCGGAAGCUGCCAGAGUCGGAGCUGUGGCCUCCCUCAUCAGGUCGAUCGCCUCCUCUUCCAUCUAUAGUCCUCACACAGGGCAACAGACUUAUCAGAAUGGGGUGCCCAAGAUACCAACAGCCUGCAUCACAGUGGAGGAUGCAGAGAUGAUGGCCAGGAUGGCUUCUCGGGGGACGAGAAUUGUGGUUCAUCUAAAGAUGGAAGCCAAGACCUUUCCAGAUGCGGACUCCUUCAACGUUGUGGCAGAGAUCGUGGGAAGCAAAUAUCCAGACCAGGUUGUAUUGGUCAGUGGACAUCUGGACAGCUGGGAUGUUGGGCAAGGAGCCAUUGAUGAUGGAGGUGGCGUAUUUGUAUCAUGGGAAGCUCUGUCUCUUAUUAAGGAUCUUGGGCUCCGUCCAAAGAGGACUCUGCGCUUGGUUCUGUGGACAGCAGAAGAACAAGGGGGAGUGGGCUCUCUCAAAUAUUACCAGACCCACAAGGAAAAUGUGUCCAAUUUUAACCUCGUGAUGGAGUCUGACCUGGGGAACUUCCUCCCGACUGGCUUAGCAUUCACUGGAAAUGAAAAAGCCCGGGCCAUUAUGAAGGAGGUAAUGAGCCUGCUUCAGCCCAUCAAUAUCACCCAGGUCUUUGAAGGCGGAGAAGGGGUUGACAUUAACUACUGGAUGGAAGCUGGAGUGCCAGGUGCCAGCCUACUGGACGACUUAAAGAAAUACUUCUCAUUUCAUCACUCCUACGGAGACACCAUGACAGCUCAGGAUCCAAUUCAGAUGAAUCUCUGUGCUGCCGUUUGGUCUGUUGUAUCGUAUGUGGUUGCUGACAUGGAUGAAAUGUUGCCGAGGUAAUAAAGAAGUGGGAAUGAAGGCGUCCCGCUAGAGCAAGCUGUGAGUUCGAACCCUAGCCAGGGUCUGCCUUCACCCAAGAAGUUGGGAUGUGUUUCUGAUCCUCGACUUCAAAGUACCUGCCGUUUCUCCCAGUAUUAUUUCUACUCGUUGAAACUUCUUUCUCAGUUCUUUUUGAAUUCUGUCCUAUGGUAGCAAGAACGAUUUUUUUCUUUCUUUUAUGAUCAAUAUUUGAUAUAGCUGCCAUAUUGUGGCAUAGUCAGCAAUGAGCUUAUAAACCUAAACAAUAAACUCCGAUAUGAAAAGGAACGGUAAAUAAAUCGGCCGUACUGAG